AAUCGUUUAGUGCUCUGACAUAGAUCAGUGGGAGUGCUUUUACCGCUUGUUGCAGAAAUUCACGGUUCAAAUUCUGCAAGCCGCCCUGGUUACUACUUCAGUAUUAACCAUAUGAUGCUUUGCGCUGUUUGAUUUAAAAUGGGACAUUACAGACCUUGUGAAGUAAUAAAAUUACCGUGCUGGCGUUAUGCCCGCUACUGUGAAAUGACUGCAGUUGGUGUCUGUGAAUCACAGCAGGCACCUUCCUUUGUGAUAGCUUUACAUUCUAAGAAUGAUAGCGCAAAUACCAAGUGCAAUCAAUCAUUAUUAACUAUGAUAAAUCCUAAAGGUAAACAAAGAAGAGCUAUUUUAACUGUGAUUUAAUCUCUUUCAAGCAAAACAUUAUUUUUUACCAGGUAAAGCCCACUGAACUAUUGCCUCUUCUUCAGAGGCGACCAGGCAAAGGGGAGAAGAUAUGUUCCCGCAAUGUACAGCAGCCAGGGUGGGGAUCCACGUGACGACCUUCUACAUUGCAGGCACCGACAUGCUGAUGAUGGGGGUGAACGGACCCCGCAUGCCAUGAAGCACACGGGCAACGUCAUCUACAACGUCACCUACACGGUGACGGAGAUGGGCAACUCCAUCCUCAUCGUCAAGUGGGGCGAUGAUUGCAUCCCCGGCAGCCUCUUCCACAUCACCGUGUCGGGCAGCUACGGCUAGGGUUCACCAUGACAACAAUGAUACGGUGAUGAUGAUAGUGUGACUACGGUAUGGCGAUGAUGGUACUGUAACAAAGAUACGGCAAUGAUUAUACCAUGGCAAUGAUACAGCGAUGGUGAUAGCAUGAUGACAAUACGGC